ACCAUCCGGAACCAAAAAUGUCGAUUCGCUUUCACACACCUGUUACAACCUUCGUUUCGAAGCGUCUCUCUUCCUGACUUCUUUCGUCCUCGAAGAGUAUCAAACAAUCAUAGAUCCACAAAGCUCCGAUCACCAUCUCUUACGUCUCAGUUGCUUCGUUUUGGCAAUGACAUUUGCUGUGAUCGAUUGAGUGUUGAAUCGUUGACUCGAUCGAAUUCGACUCCGAUACUAGAGAGAGAGAGAGAGUGAGCUUCGCUGGUUGUUCAUGGGGGCCGUGCCUUCAACGCCGCGCCGGAGCAGUGCUGCGCGGCCGCAAGACACGGAAGAGUAUCUAAUUGGGACGUUCGUCGGCGAGAAAUCGUUUCCUCUCGCCUCCGAUUUCUGGCAGAAAUUGCUCGAGCUUCCUCUCAGCCUCCAAUGGCCGCCCCAGCGUGUUUCUGAAGCUUGCGAGGUUUUUGCACAGAACAACUAUUACACAAGGCAUAUGGCAAAAAUUUUAAUUCACUUAGCAUGGUGUUUGCAAGAGUGUGUUUCUACUUCUGGUGUGUCUCCAUCUGCUCAUAUGAAGGCUAUUAAUGCAACGUACAUUUCAUCUGUAUUUCUGAAGUACUUGAUUGAAAAUGCCAAAAAUGAUAAUUUUGAGGAAUUAUACCUGUGUCUAGAAGAGAGUGAAGCAGUAUCGAAUGAUUUCUCCAGAGGUCGAAAUAUUGAAAAUCUUGUUAUGCAUAGUGUGCUUAGCUUUAUUGGCAAAGUAGAUGUAAGUCCCAAUACAUAUCUCCUACACCAAGAGCUGCUUAACUUCAUGCUUGUAGCCAUGUCAACUCAGCUUCUUUCUGGACCAUCACCAGGACCCAAGGAUAUUCACCCAUUCAUUGAUAUGGCAAUGGUCCAGGAAAGCUCUUUUGUUGGUUUGGUUGUUCGCAAACUGCUACUUAAUUACAUCAUGCGACCUCACUUCGCCUUAAAUACUGCAUCUUAUGACAUGUUUUCUGAAGGAAAUCAGCCCGGUGUUUUACAGAGAGUUGGUUCUGCAGCUGCAAGUUUUGUGCUAUCGCCAUUUAAUUUCUUUGUCAGUUCAAGUGGUGAAGCUACCAGAAGGCCUUUGGCAGACAGCAGUCUUCAUGUGUUACUUAUUCUCAUUUAUUAUCGUAAAUGUGUUAUGGAGGAGACUGUGAAAGAUAAAAGCGAUGACAGUCCCACUUCAGAUUUUCUUCUCAAAGAAAAUACAUAUUUUUCUGAAAACUCUUACUGCAAGGCCUUAGAGAAUGUUAGGGAUAUUGAAUUUGAUCGUGUUGAUAUUGAGGGGAAUGCACACUGUGGUCCACUUGUGAGAUUACCUUUUGCUUCCCUCUUUGAUACUCUUGGCAUGUACUUGGCUGAUGAAACUGCUAUCUUACUGCUUUACUCAUUAGUGCAUGGGAACUCAGAUUUUCUGGAGUAUGUUUUGGUGCGAACAGAUUUGGAUACACUGUUGAUGCCCAUGCUGGAAACACUGUAUAAUGCUUCAAAAGGGACAUCCAAUCAAAUCUACAUGGUGCUGAUUAUCCUGCUAAUACUUAGUCAAGAUUCUUCUUUCAAUGCCAGUAUUCACAAGCUGAUGCUGCCCAGUGUUUCAUGGUACCAAGAACGCUUGCUCCAUCAAACUUCUCUUGGUUCCUUGAUGAUCAUAAUUCUGAUAAGGACUGUGAAUUACAACCUAUCUAAGCUACGGGAUAUUUACCUCCACACAAACUGUCUUGCAAUUUUGGCCAACAUGGCACCCCAUGUCCACCGUUUGAGUGCAUAUGCAUCACAGAGACUCGUUAGCCUCUUUGAUAUGCUCUCACGCAAGUACACCAAAUUAGCAGAGCUAAAAAAUGAUAAGAUGCGUAUAGGGAAUGGUGAAUCAAGAGGAGACAGCCUUCCAGAAGAGAUGUCGACAGAAUUGCAUAUUUAUACUGAUUUCCUGAGGAUUGUUCUGGAAAUAUUAAAUGCAAUACUGACUUACGCUCUUUCACGUAACCCUGAGGUUGUAUAUGCGAUUAUGCACAGGCAGGAGGUCUUUCAGCCUUUCAGGAAUCAUCCUCGCUUUAAUGAGCUGCUUGAGAACAUUUUUACUGUCUUAGAUUUUUUCAAUAGCCGCAUGGAUGCCCAAAGAAUGAAUGGUGAAUGGUCGGUGGAGAGAGUCCUCGAAGUCAUAAUCAUAAAUUGUCGUUCUUGGCGUGGUGAUGGCAUGAAGAUGUUUACUCAAUUACGCUUUACAUAUGAACAAGAGAGCCAUCCUGAGGAGUUCUUUAUUCCUUAUGUGUGGCAGCUAGUUAUAUCUCGCAGCUCAUUCAGUUUUAAUCCCAGUAGCCUAAAUCUGUUUCCAGUUGAUUUGCCUGUAAAAGGGAUGCUAUCGGUGUGUUUCCUUGGCAGUGUGUCUGGGCGACGGGUUGUCCAACGAAGGUGGCUUUUUUCUUUUGCAGGGGAUGCUUUGGGUCGUGUUCUUACUAUUGAUAAUUUGAUUCGGCGGCGACACGUGUUGGUCAAUUGGUGUUGUAUGUGUUGUAGGGAUGCGGAAACGGUGGAUCACUUGCUUCUUCAUUGCCCGUUUGUGUCUAGACUUUGGAAUUUUGUGGUUGCUUUGUUUGGCUUGGUGUGGGUGCAACCGGUCUCUGUGUUGGGAGUAUUACAGAGUUGGGGUAGGGCUAGGGUGGGGAAGAAGCGCCGCAAGGCUUGGGUGCUUUCUUCCCAUUGUUUGCUCUGGUUGGUUUGGUUGAAACGGAAUGGGCGCGUGUUUCAGGAUGAGUGUCAUCUCAUUUCAUGGUUAAAAAGUCGAUUGUUGAUGGUGUUGCAUAGUUGGGUGAGGGGUACAGUUGAUCCAAAUGUUUUAAUUUUUGUUAAUUUUGUGGAGAAUUUGAUUAGUUAGUGUUGUUUAGCCUUUGGUGGGCUUCUUUUUAUAUUCUUUGCAUCGUCUUGAUACUUUUUAAUAAAAUUUGAUUAUUUAUCCAAAAAAAUAAAUAAAUAAAUAAAUAAAAUAAAAAUAAAAGUAGACUAGCUCAUGACAGUAGACCAAGUCAAUAGCUUGUGUGGAACUAAGUUUUUAUUUCAUAAAAAUGAUUGACGUGUAGUAAAUAUUUUGUAUUGGGUCUGACAAGUGUAUGCCUGUUUUGCUUUUCCUAGACAUGAUAAGCAAGCAUCCACAUUGAUUCUGUUGUGGCUCCCAGUUUCAAAAUUUACGAGUAAUGUUAACUCUAGAAAAUCAUAAUUAAAAUUAAAAAAAU